UGCUCACGUAAUGGCAAAGGCCCUGGACAAUUGUCGUAAAGAGUGUUGGAGCUAAGGCAUGAACUCGUGGGAGAAGGUGUGUGGACGGCCCAGAGAAAAUGGGGCCCUUGUGACUCUGGACGUUUUGAGCCAUGGGCGGGCCCAGCGAAAAGAAGGCAAUGGCUCCGUCUCGUGCCAUUCUUUCGCCGACGGGUCGACGGCAUUGGGGGCAUGUGGAGGUAGUGGGUUGCUUUUGUGUACCAUGGUAGGUGAUAGAUGGACGGGAUUUCAAGGCAUGAUGAAGCCAAGCGAACUGGGCAGCGGAUGUGGUUCCGAUCAACGGAUGGCAUGAGGAUCAAGCAUGCAUGUGAGAUGGCAUCUGGAUGGGGCAGCUGGGGAGACAAGGAAUAACGGGUAAAAAGGUUGGGGGGAACUGAAUAUGCU